CACCUCAUGCAAAUUUGCCUCAACAAGAAGUUGACCUAUACUGUGCAGAAAUGCACAUACACAUAAAGGCACCAGUUGUCAAAAAAUACAUUACUUCUAAGACAUGGUCUUUCUUCUAGUGCGCCAAAUGGUCUUACUACUCGCGGGGACAAAGCGUGUACUGUACUAAUAGAUGGACAGUAUUUAGCGCUGAAACAGCGAAUUGCCCGCAGAACAAUGGGUGUAAUAACAAUGUCGUCCAGGCGGAGACGCUGUUGUCGAUUGUACGCGAUAGGCACUGGAAGCGAAGGAAAAGGCUCGUGCAGUAUAACGUGUCUUUUCACCGGUUAGUUCAUCUGUACCUUUUCUUCUGCCGGAUCGAACAUAAAUCGGCCGUCGAGGGACGGAAUGGCAUUAUCUCAGAAUACGGCCACAAGGCGGAGGGACAGACGCGAGACAGACGACUUGGUUUUGUCAAAAGGGGAAGUGAACGCUAAUGCUACGAACCUCAACGCGUUGACAGAUAGCCAUCAUGCUGCAGGGAGCUCAACACGGAUGUCUCUCUUCAUUCUCCUUGCUAUUUUCACCUGCUCAGCCUCAAUUAUGUACCUGGUCUACAGGAACUUCCCAGAGCUUACAGAUGAUGAAAUGAAGAAAAUCAAGGUACCCAAAGACAUGGACGACGCCAAAGCUCUGGGAACUGUAUUGUCCAAAUACAAAAACACCUACUACAGCCAGGUGUUGGUGGCCUAUUUUGCAACAUAUGUUUUCCUUCAGACCUUUGCCAUCCCCGGAUCGAUUUUUCUCAGCAUCUUGUCUGGAUAUCUUUACCCUUUCCCCCUGGCUCUCUUCUUAGUCUGCUUGUGCUCUGGUUUGGGGGCUUCCUUUUGCUAUAUGCUGUCCUACUUGGUGGGCCGACCCAUGGUGUACAAAUAUCUCACGGAAAAAGCCCAAAAGUGGUCACAGCAGGUGGAUAAACACAGACACCAUUUAAUCUAUUACAUCAUUUUCCUGAGGAUAACUCCCUUUCUUCCCAACUGGUUCAUCAACAUCACCUCACCUGUCAUCAAUGUGCCCUUGGGGGUAUUCUUUGUUGGAACCUUUUUGGGCGUAGCGCCACCAUCUUUCGUAGCCAUCAAGGCGGGUACAACACUGUACAAACUGACCACUGCUGGCGAGGCCGUGUCCUGGAACUCUCUGGCUGUGCUCGCCGUGCUCGCUGUGCUUUCCAUCCUGCCCGUCUGCUUCCAGAAAAAGCUGCAGCAGAAACUAGAGUAGACCACAAAAGGCCUCAGCACCUGAUCCAGAGUUUGACCUUGAAUAACAGUAACAGCCCUCCCAAAAAAUCCUUUCUUCUCAGGAAUGUGUGCCUGUCGCUCACGAUGCUCUGCAUCGAUCACAGCUGCAUGAAGUCCUGGUGGAGGUUCUCUCCUGCUGAUGUUACGACAAACAUGGCUCGACCGUAUGGUGCACACAGUGGUGGCUUGUAGUUGCACACAUAAUUACCUGAUUGAUUGCGGCACAUCCUCCAGAGCCUCAAAAGGGACAACAGCAUGUUUCUGGGUCACUUGAGAAGUAUUUGUUGUGCACAACAGAGUUUCUGGCUUUCAUGGGAGAGUUUUUGGCACGCGUAAAACUUUCUGGGGCAUACAAAAUAAAACAUGACGAAAUGUACCAGAAACGUUGAUGAUGCGCACAGCAAAACUUGCCAAGAAAACUGUCACACAUGAGAGAGUUUCUGCGAUGACCGAUAAACUUUGUGGCACACCCAAGAAAAUUUUGUGGAACUUUCUGGUGCGUACGAGAAAACUUUCCAGUGCAAUUGUAAAUCUUGUCAUGCUCACGAGAAAACUUUCUGAUGUGGACUCCUAAACCUUUCUCAUGCUCACAAGAAAACUUGCUUUUUCUGAUGCGCAGCAGAGAGUAACACAGUAAAAGGCUUCUGGUGUGCACACAAAACAUGCCUCCUGCUCCCAUAUCCCUUAAAGGGGCUCUGUAACAUCUACAUAAGAGAAUGUGUAUUUUUUUCAUUUAAGGGUGCUUAUAAGGCACGACUUUCAGGAUGUUGUGACUGGACUAUAAUAUUCCACCUCUCUCUCUCUCUCUCUCUCUCUGUCUCUCUCUCUCUCUCUCUCUGUCUCUCUCUGUCUCU